AUGUUGACUGGUAAGGUUAAAACCGCUUAUCUUUCACGGUUGCCGCCAUUCCCCAGCCCGACAUUAAUCCAUUGGUUAUUUUGGUUCAACCGAGAACUGACUGAAGUUAUUUUAGUUUUAUUUUGAGAGCCUUCAACCGUUGAUUUUACUCUUCUGGAUCGUCCGACCUCAUCCAGUCUCCUGUCUACAAUUCAUAAAAACCCCGUUCUUCAAAAUUGUUUUUUAGAAUGCCUGGGCAAUCCAAAAGGGAAGUUCCUGGGGCGUUACGGGCUGUUUUAGAGAAGGAUAUUGCCCUAACAAAUACUGUAUGUCACCUAGGCGAUAAAGUGUUGCCUCCUCUUAAAUUUAAAAAAUAUUACAAAGCACUUGAGAUUUCUAGCCAUGGAUUUCUCUGGAUUUCUGUCAAUCUGGCUUUCGUAUGGCUAUUGUGGAAUCCAAACUAUUUUGAAUUACAGGUUAACUUGAUAUUCGGUGUACUUAUGAACACGGUUUUGAAUGCUAUGUUGAAGGCAUAUGUAAGAAGAAAAAGGCCAUCGGACGAUUCAGGAAACUUCAGCAUAGACCAGUACUCUUUCCCUUCAUGCCAUGGGUCAUUGGCAGUAUUCCUAGGAUAUUUCUUUACGUUUCUUUACCCCCUAGGUUUAUUCUCGAGAAUGAUAUUAUACAUGUGGAUGGUAGCUGUUUCUGUUUCUAGAGUGUUGGCAAGGCGUCAUUAUAUUUUGGAUGUAGCCGGUAGUGUUGUGAUAGGUCUGCUUCUAGGCCUGAUUAUGUCCAUGUUUUGGCUUAGUGAAUCAUCGUGCAUCUCCGUUGUAAAAUAUCUGUCAGAUGAGCCCGUCAACCUUGAGGGUCUGCAAGAUGAAUCGCCAGAAUUAUAAUUUAAGAUAAAUACGAUAUAACAAACUCGUAAAGAGUUGUACUAUUUUAAGUAAAGAUUAUUUUUUUGUACAUAACACAACAUUUUAAACUAAUGUAUUAAUAAGUUUUACCCUACACUUGUAUUUCCUAAAGUUAUUUCAUGUAUUUAUAGUUAAUGAUGUUGAAAUGUUUUUGUCAAUACAGUAAAAGUCAUAUUUGAUAUAU